AAAGGGACAUAAUCACUGCGGGGCGUGUAUACGUCACUAUUCCCGCAGAAGCAGAAUGGACGCGAAGCUGGAAAGGUGUUUUCCUGUAUUGUGAAAAGCUACCAAGAUGUCAACGGUCACCACACAAACCGUUCAGUGUCCAUGUGAUGUAAUGAAGCCGUUGCCGGGUGUCGACGUCGAGACGGCGUUGCAUCUCCAGAGCAACCUGCACCGCCUCUACACGGAGCGACGUCACACCGACGUCACCGUGUGUAUCGAGGACGUUGUGUUCGAAUGCCACAAGGCCGUGCUCGCUGCCACGUCACCCUACUUCGACGCCAUGUUUUCAAGCGGAAUGAAAGAAAGCGUCGACAACAGCGUUCGGCUACAGGGACUCUCCACGAACGCAUUUGAGAACAUCGUGACGUUCUUGUACACAGGGAGGUGCCAAGUUGACGUCGACAACGCCGAAGAAAUUUUGAAAGCGUCCUCCAUGUUUCAGAUCACGCUGCUGACGGAGAAAUGCGAGAAAUUCUUAAUGGGCCAUAUUUGUUCAGAAAAUUGUUUAGCAUUGUGGAAAAUCGCUCGUGCGCAUGUGUGCAAACUGUUAGAGCAGAAAUCGUAUGCGUGCAUACUCAGCCAUUUUCAAGAAAUAAGUAAAUCGGAAAACUUUUACUGCUUAGACAAAGAGGAAUUGCAACAAAUCAUCUCCAGCGACGACUUGAACGUCCCGCAAGAGGAGAACGUUUGUGACGCCGUCUUCUCGUGGUGUAACGCGGACGUUGAAGGGAGGUCCCGCUCCAUGGAUGAUCUCAUCCCGCACCUCCGUCUACCCUUGGUGACCUCCGAGUACCUCAUCAACGAGGUUCAGUCGCACCCGAUAGUGAAGGAAAGCAGGCGAUGCCAGCGGAUCGUGAGCGAGGCAGUCAGCUACCAUAUGCUCCCCGCCCGGAGACAUGAGUUCACCUCCCCCAGGAUCUUCCACCGCCACCACACCCACAGCGAGGAGGUGCUCGUGCUACUCGGGGGGUACUCCGAAGGCGGGGAGAAGGUCACGGACGUUCUUUGUUACAGCAACCGGAAGAAGAAAUGGUUCAUCCUUUGUCCGCUACUGUUCAAGCUAGGUCGCGAAUACUGCUGCACCGUGUACGGCAAUGAUAUAUUCGUGUCCGGAGGUUCUCAAAAGCCACAGAGCCUAGUCAGGUUCAACUCUGAUCACAACGAGUGGCAUAAAUGUACCCAGAUGAUAGCAGGACGUCGACGUCACGUCAUGGUGGCCGUCGGGGAAUCGCUGUAUGUCCUGGGAGGCUAUGACGACAGGGCAAACGAGGAGUCAAAAAGGACGCUAUGCGAUGUUGAGGAGUUUCAACUCAGCACGUGCACGUGGCGGAAGGUGGGCUGUCUCGUUCAAGCUGUGAGGUCGAUGUCGGCGGCGGUCUCCAAGGAAAAGAUAUUCGUGUUCGGGGGUCUCCAGAGCGACGAAAAGGAGACCUCCGCGAUCCAGUGUUUCGACACCCGGUUCCAGAGCACGUACUUUAUUGGCGAUCUAUGCCUGCCUUGCAAGCUGACCCGCAGCAUCUUCUACGACAAACGCAUCUACAUCUUCUGCACCGACGGGACCGUUAUGGACUACGAUGAUGAGUACCGGUGUAAAAUUGUGUCCAAAAUCCCAAACUUUAACCGCCGUCGGUUCGGCACUAUGAAAUGCCGGGGUGGGGUGGUCAUAGUUGGGGGUGAGUCCGGGGACGCGCUACUCCGGGAUACUGUAUGGUUCGACCCCACCCUGCUCGACACCGACACGAACACGGCCAUCAGCUUCACACUCCCGGGGAGGGCCAACUUUGGGGUGGCCAAUAUUGUCAUCAAAAAGAAGUUCCUGAAUGUCGAAUGGGCGGAGGAACAGUAGCGAAACGGUUGGGGAUCGGAAAGUGUGGAAUGGUACCGGUGUUCACUUCCCAAAGGUGAAUUCUGCUCUAAAGACAGAUCAGCAAUUGGGAAGGUUCCUUCAUAUGGGAUUUCUUACUGUUUUGUUCAUUUGCACCAUUUUCUAGCACGUGGGUAACGUGGGAAUGCAUUUCCUUUAUAUAAGGGAAUAUCGGAAAAAGUGGACACAGACAAAUACUAACGAUGAAGUUUACCCUUGUGUUCUGUGAUAACGCUUCAGAUUAACAAAAUGUGUGGGGUGAAUCUUACCUUACAUUCAUAUACUUGCUUCUGAUUGGUUAAGGAGCGGGCAUUUAUUUUCAACGUAGCCCGCUGAGAAUCAAUCGGAACACAAGUAACCUCCUUAAGUAUCGACGAGUUUCUGAAAUGAACCUAUGUAUAAUUCCGAAUUCAGUUGGGUAAAGGGAAGUAACUCGGUUCGUUUGCAUCGUCUGCUUCUCAAGACAAAUGUAACGAGUAUAUAUAUAUAUUCAUAUAUAUUCAUAUAUAUAUAUAUAUAUUCAUACAUGUGGACAUACUUAUAUUCAGGGUCUGUAUGAAUAACUGUCAGUAUGAUAAUUUCGUUGUCAACAGAUCCCUCGGGGCAUAAGGUGUGAUGUACCCUGUGUGUGAGCUUAUGUACCAUUCCCCCGACGACUCGGGAACAUGGUUGGUUGGUUGGUUUGUUGUUUAACGCCGCAAUAUUCCAGCUAUAUGACGGCGGUCUGGACCAGACAAUCCAAUGAUUAAUAUCAUGAGCAUCGAUCCACGCAAUU